UUUUUUCAGAGAAAAAUGGAGCCAACUUUAUCUCCAAAUUAUCGAAAUGAAGCUUUCGAACACGAUGAUUCAUAUUUGGUCAACUUUGUAGCCGGAUCUUCUUCUGGAGAAUCUUCAACUCCGCCACCUUCCUUUGUCCCAAAAUGCAAUUUCCGCUACAACCAAUCUCGAUCUCAGAUGAUAAUCGAAGUUCCAGUUGCUCAACUAAAAAAGCUCAGAAAACUGGAAGGAACCGUUUCAAUAAAAAGGGAAACUCAACAUUUUUGUGAAACUACAACAAUGCACGGACCAAAACGAAUAUUUCAAGGAAAACGUUGGGCAACGUUAUUCUGGCUCAUAAUGGUGUCGUGUUCCCUGGGACUUUUGAUCACUCAAGUUUUUAUUCUAGCCUCCGAAUAUCUCUCAAAACCAACUGUUUCAGAUGUAUCAUUUCUAAUUAAUGAAGAUGGAAUGGACUUUCCUCUUAUCACAAUUUGCAAUUUAAAUCCAAUUCGGAAAACUUAUGUUAAUGAAAUCAACAAAACUGGUGAAGUGAGUCCUCCAAUGAUAAACUACAUGAUGAAAUGGUUCACUGAAAUUCCUACUCUCAUCGGUGGUGCUGACAGGCCGACCUUGCAUGAGGGAAACGAGGAGUUGAAGCUGUACAUGAAAAAUCAUCUGAAUUUCACUGUUGACAGUUUCUUUAUGAAUUCCGGCUUUAGUUGUCCUGAUAUUUUCAAGCUCUGCAGCUUUCAAGGAGAAAUAUUUGACUGCUGCACCCUUUCGACAGAAGUUCUCACCCCUCUUGGGAAAUGUUUCACAUUGGAUCUUUCAAGUAGUACAAAAGCAAGCAUGCACAAACAAACAGAACCUGGAAUUCAAGCGGGUCUUGCAAUUACCCUGGAUGCACAUCUUGAGGAGCAGUUUGAUGGCUCAAAUGGAAUGGAUGCACUUUUUACAAAUUCAUUUGUGAAUGGAUUUCGAUAUUUCGUUCAUCCACCUAACACUAUUCCACAUUUGUCAUCUGAUGAGUUCACAGUUUCCCCGAACACUGUGGCGUUUUCAGCAAUUUCUAGCGAUCGGUACGUGCUCCUACCUACUCAUCAAUGGGGAAACUGCACCGAAAAUUUUCCAGAUGGAAUUCAAUCCAACUUAUCGUAUAGUUCUGGUAACUGUCUUUCACUCUGCAAAGCUAAAUUUUACAUGGAAAAUUGUGGAUGCACACCUGCCUUAUAUAAUAUUGAAAAUAACCUCAAAGAAUGCACCCCGUAUGAAACAACAACGUGUCUAGACAAUAUUCUUGCUAAACCUAACAAAGAAACCGGAAAGAUAGAAUUCCAAACUCCAAAUUGCAAGGCUUGUGCUCAACAGUGUAACAGUUUGGUUUACCGUGCCUAUAAUUCAUAUGGUAGUCAGUUUUCCGCUGGAGCAUUCCAUUAUCUUAAAUCUAUAAAUCCGGAAUGGACUGAUGGACACAUGAGAGCAAAUUUUCAAAUGAUCAACAUUUUCUACCGAGACAUGUCUUACACAGAAUAUAAUCAAGUUCAAGAUGCAUCUGUCACGCAACUUCUCAGUGACAUUGGUGGUAAUAUGGGAAUGUUCUUGGGAAUGUCAGUCAUCACUAUCACUGAAAUUUGUCUCUUCUUCUCGAAAAUGUUCUGGUUAGGAUUUUCGAAAAAACGAAGGGACUAUAUGUAUUCGAAAAGAGUUAAUGAGAAGACUCAUGAGAGAGAAGUUUGCGAGACAGUUGAGAAAAUGAAAGCGAUAGCGUCGCAGGGAAAUUUGUCCUCCAUUGCCGGCACCACUUCCGCUAAAAAUUCGAUUCCAAAUGACAAUGUUGAAUUCCGGAUAAACUUGAAAGACUUGGCCGAUCAGCUGGAUUCAGACUCAGGAUACAGCCAAAAUCAACCUGACUCCCGGAACGCGAGUUUUCAAAAAUAUUAAUUUUUUCGAUCUUAUGUUGUAUUUGUUAUACAUAAUUGUCAUUUUACUGCAGGUACAUUUAUUCGGGUUCUUUCUAAUAUUUCGGUUAAUUUUCAAAUAAAACGUCCAGUAAAAAUUGUCAGUGUUGAAAUUAUUACCACAUGUAGAAUUCAAAAAACUAAACAUUUGUUCCGAGAAAUAAAGUAAAGUUUCAUUCAAAA